AUGGUGGCGGAGGAGGAAAACAAAAAGGCUUUAAGAGAUGUGGGGUUGAUUGAUGGUGGUGCUAGAUACCGAGAAAGUGAGGGAAAAUUGAAAGGGCGGUUAGCAAAAGAAAGAAAGAAAAAAGAUGGAAGUGUAGAAGAGAAAUGCACCGAUGCUAGCCAGUGCAACGAGAGUGUGAGAAGAGCGCUACUUGAAUUUAAGUACAGCCUUCAAGCUAUGUAUUCUACAGGCUACGACGCCCUUUCUUCAUGGAUAAGUGAGGAGGAGUGCUGUCUUUGGGAUGGCGUUUAUUGCAACAGCUUUACAGGAUACGUUGAAAUGCUCGAUUUUAGCGACCAAUCUCUGGUUGUAGCAGGUACAGUUAGCCCUUCACUGCUUAAACUACAUCAUUUGACUUCUUUAAAUUUCAGUAGUAAUGAUUUUAAUGGAAGUCUCAUCCCAGAGUUUUUUGGUUCUCUGGAAAAAUUGAAAUUACUGGAUCUCUCUAAUGCUAAUUUUAGAGGUCCAAUUCCUUCUCAACUUGGAAAUCUUUCAAUGUUGGAGACUCUCAGUUUGGGUGGCAACGGUAGAGCUUUAAAUGUUGGAAAACUUGAGUGGCUUUCCCAUCUUUCACGUUUGAAAGAGGUUGAUCUCAGUUUCACUAACCUGAGCAAUGCCAAUGAUUGGUCUCAAGUCAUUACCCACCUUCCUUUGCUCCAAAAACUAAGUCUAAGACAUUGUGAUCUUCCAAGCAUAUCUUCUUCAUCACUUUCCCUUGCCAACUCUUCUACAUCUCUCACCUAUCUCGAUCUCUCUGAUAAUAAUCUCCCUUCUUCUGCCAUAUAUCCAUGGUUGUUUAACGUUAGCAGCAACCUUGUUUCACUUGACCUCUCAAGUAACCAGUUGAAAGGUCCAAUUCCAGAAGCUUUUGGGAACAUGAAGGCUAUUCAAGAACUUUAUCUGAGUGAUAAUCUUUUGGUUCUAGCUGAGAAUCAAGUUAGGGGCGAUUCUGGGUUGAAUGAAAUCGGAAAACUACCAGAUUUUAGCGUUCUAGAUCUUGGGUACAACCUUUUAAAUGGAUCCAUAAGCAAAAGCUUUGGACAACUUUCCAACCUGCAUGUCUUGCGGCUUGCAGGGAAUUCUUUUGAUGGUGAUGUGAUUUCCGAAGCUCAUUUCUCAAAUUUCACCAAUUUACAGGUCUUGGAUUUAUCCUACACUUCUUUGACUUUAAAAUUCAACACAGGAUGGAUUCCUCCUUUUCAAUUGAGUCAAAUAAAGCUUUGCUCUUGCAAGUUAGGGCCUCGUUUCCCAGAUUGGCUACGGACUCAAAUGGACGUCCGUCCGGGUUUGGAAUACCUUGAUAUUUCUGCUUCAGGAAUUUCGGAUUCUCUUCCCUACUGGUUUCGGGACUCAUUAUACGGAUUAGAUUUCAUAAACAUGUCUUUCAAUCAAAUCAGUGGUACUUUUCUAAAUAAAUCUAUCCCCGUAAGAUAUCUAGAUCUAAGCUCUAAUAAUUUCUCAGGACCAUUGCCAAGUUUUUCCUCACUCUUCCUGGAGAGCAUUAACCUUUCGAGAAAUAAGUUUACUGGUUCAGUAUCUCGAAUUUGCAAUAUUACAGCCGAACUUUUGGAAUUGCUUGAUCUCUCAAAUAAUCUAUUUUCUGGACUGGCUCACUUCCAAGCUCCUUGGGAUUUCUGA